CGUUCCUCAUUCUCUCUUUCACCAGUACGCGAUGGCGGAUCAGACCGAAAAGGCUUUUCAGAAACAACCCACAGUCAACCUCAACAGGAAGGCUUUUCACAAGAAGAAGCCCCUUAGGUUGAGUCGUAGUGUCGGACUUGGUUUUAAGACUCCCCGUGAGGCUAUUGAAGGCACGUACAUCGAUAAAAAAUGCCCUUUCACUGGUAACGUCUCCAUCAGGGGACGCAUUUUGACUGGUGUUGUACAGAAGAUGAAGAUGCAGCGUACAAUAGUCAUCCGCAGGGACUACCUUCACUAUAUUCGAAAAUAUAAUCGUUUCGAGAAGCGUCACCGCAACAUGAGUGUCCACUUAAGUCCUUGUUUUAGGGAUGUGGAGAUCGGUGAUGUUGUAACCAUUGGCGAAUGUCGACCACUCAGUAAAACCGUUAGAUUCAAUGUUCUUAAAGUUUCCAAAGGAACUGGAUCAAAGAAAAGUUUCAAGAAGUACUAAAUUCUACACCAAUCUUUUACCCAUCUGGAUGCUGGCCACUAAGGAUAAAUCUUCUGCUCAUGGUAUCUCGAAAUUCAAGACGAACUUCUAACAUCUGGAUGCAUUAACAAUAAAGAUUUAAAUUCUGUAAAGUGGUGAAAUAAACUGGUCACAUUUUACAGAAAA